AGGUGAGAUCGUUACAUGGACUGAAGGGGUUGCCAGAGGCGCGUGAUAAUGCUGACGUACGAUCUCAACCUUAUCUUGUAACUAGACACGUUUGUUAUUUAGAGUGCUUAAGACUUCAAGUUCUUCUUUCUUUUUUCUUCUCAAUCAACUGAUCAAUCAAUUGAUACGGAAAAAAAUUCAUAAGUAGGACAAAGAGAUUUUUAACUGUUUGUAAUCUCUUAACAGGACCUAUCAGCGUUUUAAAAUGAUUCUGUUCUCUUCGAGAAAUUAUAUCCGAAAAUCAACUGAUCAAUCAAUUGACACGGGAAUAAUUCAUAAGCGGGAACGAUAGAUUAUACACAGUUUAUAAUCUGUUAGAAGAACCUAUGGCUGUCUUAAAGCAAUGAUUCUGCUCUCGUCGAGAAAAUAUUGCCAAAAAUCAACAGAUCAAUCAGUUGAUUGAUACGGAACUAAUUCAAAAGCUGGACCGAGAGAUUAUCAACAGUUAAUAACUCUUUAGCAGGACCUAUGAGUGUCUUAAGGCAAUGACAGUCUAUUCUCAUUGAGAAAUCAUAGCCAAACAUCAACUGAUCAAUCAAUUGAUACGGAAAUAAAUCAUAAGCAGGACUGAGAGAUUACUAACACAACUUAUAUUCUAUUAGCAGGACCUAUGAGUGUCUUAAAGCAACGAUUCUGCUCUCUUCGAGAAUCAUCACUAAAAAUGUUUUCCAAACUGAACUUUAAAUCCGGGUCACAUAUUACGUGAUGCCGUUUCCAAUUCGAACCCAGGCCACAUUUUAUCUCACAACACCUUCGCCACUGCGCUAUUGGAUGUCAGCAGAAGUUCACCUAAGAUCAGCCAGACGAGAUUCAUCUGUCGCUGCACAAUUCCUUUUCCUAAUCAAAAUAUCAGGAAAAAAAUGAAAACCUAUAAAUAGUUUCAUUAAGCAGAAAAAUUGUUCACAUGAUUAGCGAAGAUCUUAAUGAGAUUUCAGGUUUAGUAAAUGGCUAUUGAAAUUGAGAUACAACAGUCAAAGAAAAGUCCCUCCUGCUCUGGGCCCGGUCUUGACCCGAGGCCAAGUUAAGAUGGUUCUAUCUCACCUUUAAAAAAAUCUUUGGUCUCUUAUCAAAGUCACGCACAUGUCAAACUUGUAACAUCUAAUGACCUUGGAUAAAUAUAGAAACUGACUGAGGGAGAACCUAGGAUACUGGAAGCUAUUAAAAGAUUAGUGAAUUAGCAAGACUGUCGAUAAGCCUCGCUAAUUUGAAUAAACAAACCGAAAGAAGAGGAAAAAUUGUUUAUACCUAGUAGGUAAUCGAUCUAAAAAAUAAUUCCAUUGGAAACAAUGAUAGACUAAAGUAGUUUUAAUUAAUACGUCAUCGUGUUAACAUUUUUGGAUCCACUUAAAAGGGUGGACAUGAUUUCAAGAUGAGUAUAACCUGAUGUUCUCACUUGAGACAAAUUAUUGCAGACCUCUUAUCAGGAGGAGAACAGACAGAAAAUUUGAACUUGAUCGCGUCGGUUUAUUGAAGUAACGUGUUAGCCGAAAACAAGGUGAAGAUGACGGCGCGUGGAAUUUUGAAGUGGAUUGUUGCUCGUUAUCUUUCGCUGUCACUCUGGCAGUUAAUUCAGAUUGUGGUGAUCCUAGGCUACUUUUGGGCCCAAUAUGCCCUUCAGGCACAGCUAAGCAAUCGUUUAACGAACAUCAUAGAAAGGCUGGACAAGCUUGAGGAUUACAUGAACGGCAAAGACUACAGAAAGCUACAGAUAAGGACCAAUGACAUGGGGCAAAGGAAUGUUCCCUCUCGUGCAAAGCGACAUGCGGACCAAACAGGGAUGAACAAUCUUUUGCAGCGACUGGAGAGUUUGGAAAAUCGCUUUGCAGCUUCAAACAACUUCAGUGCGCAUGAAGGUAGAACCUUUUGUGCUCAGGGACCUCAAGGUACACAUGGAAUUCCGGGAAAAGAUGGGAUUCCAGGGCGUGAUGGGAAGGAUGGAACGACAGGAAGAGACGGAAGAGAUGGCACCGAUGGACGCAAUGGCGUACCGGGGAAAAAUGGAAUCCCAGGGAGGCAAGGAUUGCCGGGCAGAGAUGGUGCUACAGGACCAAAAGGAGACCAAGGCCAAAAAGGACACAGAGGAAAGCAAGGUGCUCGGGGCCCUCCAGGCGACCCAGUGACGUGUUCCCAUAGGGCCUCAGGAAGUUCGGUGUUUAUUCGAUGGGGACGUAGUGUAUGCCCAUCUCGCACAGGCGCAGAACUAGUUUAUGAGGGCCGAGUAGCUGGAUGGCGCCCAACAGGAGAGGGCGGAGGGGCCGACUAUCUGUGCUUGCCUCUCGACCCCCUUUACCUUAAGCCCCCUUCACCGGGGUCCAACUCAAGAGCGUCCCUCUAUGGUGUGAAGUAUGGUGACGUACAGGACCUUUUUAUGAGGAGACGUGGAAGGGGACCUAAUAUUAGUUACCAUAGUGUCCCAUGUGCUGUGUGUCGUGUACAGCAAAGAGGAUCCUCAAUGAUGAUUCCUGGAACCAAUGUCUGCCCGACCGGACUUUGGACCCGCGAGUACCACGGGUAUCUUAUGACGGACACGACCAACAACACGAGACCUGAGUACAUUUGUGUGGACGCUGAUGCUACCGGAGUAAAGGUGCGCCACAACAAAGGGGAUGCCGGGAAAGCUUUACUAACAUCAGUACAGGGACAGUGCGGAGUGUUGCCUUGCCCGAAUUACCUGCAGGACUGGGAACUGACAUGCGCAGUAUGCACUAUGUAGUAAAACGGAAAUAAUGAUAAUUCAAGCCAUGUUCGGUAGUUGCCUUCUAUUAUAAGUGGAUUUUCACGUUCCGUCCGUUGCAACGCUAAAACUGCAACAAAUGACCAACAGCCAAUCCAGAAAUGGGCAAAUUAUUUACAAACUUUCAACGAGCCAGACGUUCGAAAACUGCUUGCGUAAUCGUAACAAAAAGAGAGAUGAAGUAUAUACUGUCAGACAUUCGCAUAAGAAGCAAUUGUUAUCGGUACUAAAGUAUUAUCUAAGCAAAAGUACAAAAUUGUAUUCAGAUUUAACAACUUGACGAAGGUCAGUUGAUCAAGAUUACCUAAAGUUUUGCUGCCACAACAGUGAAGCAAUGUACAGUGUAAAUACGUUGUAGCAGAACAUGAUUGAUCGAGUUCGUGAGAGUACUAAACGUGUCACCGGUUGUAAAUCGUUGAGAAACUAUAACAAAAAAAAAAUAGUUUUCUUGCUUA